AUGGAUCCGGUAAUCGGAUCGGGUUCUUUUCUUUGUGCGGCCGUAUUUGAUUGUGUUUGUUGGUCUAAAAAGUUACUUCAUUUAAGAGAUAUUGCAUUAGGCCUAUCAAAAAUUCAUGAAAAGAGCAUUAUCCACCGUGAUUUUCAUAGUGGAAAUAUUUUGAUAAACAAAAACAAAUAUGAUGACAAAUAUGACGACAUUAAAAUAGGUGAUUUAGGAUUAAGUAAAUCUGCUACUGAAGCUGACGAUAACGAUACUUAUGGAAUAAUUCCUUAUAUGGCCCCAGAGGCACUUCAAGGCCAAAAAUAUACCACAGCAUCAGAUAUUUAUAGUUUUGGUAUGAUUAUGUGGGAGUGUAUGACAGGAAGAAGACCUUUUUGGGAUCGUGCUCAUGAUACUGAGCUGAUCAUUGAUAUUUGUGAUGGCUUACGUCCUCCAACAGGUGAUAUUGUAGCACCUGAAGGUUAUAUUGAGCUAAUGAAAGAAUGUUGGGACUCUGAUCCAAAUAAAAGGCCAGCAACUGGGAAUAUUUAUAAUAUUUCAACGGGUUCUACAUAUUCGGUUUAUAAUUUAACUAAGGUUAAACCUCGGGUUUGUUAG